GGCGAAUACUUCGGACUUCAGGAUCAUCCAGAGACUAUUUCUACCGAUGCCAGUCCUUGGAUGUGUCAGUUCCACUCUGCUUGCUGUUUGUGUAAGAAUAGACGAUACCGAAGUAACCAUGAACACCACAGGUCUGUUUCUCUGCAUCCUGCUCCUCCUCCCAGCAUGCUUUGCGGACACCGAUGUGGAGAGUGACCUCUCUGAAAAAAUGGCAGAGAAAUUGGAUGAAGUCGCCAGCCUAAAUGCCGCUGAUGUCAUACAAGAUAUCCGGGAACAGUUGGGUUAUUCCGGAUCCGGAUCUGGAUCUGGAUCUGGAUCUGACGACACAUUUAUGGAUGGGGUCUAUGAUGAUGAUGACACUAUGAUGUAGGACUUGGAGCAGUCUUCUAAAUCCGAGUGAGGCACUCCAGACAGAACUAAUGUCGUCAUACAGCACAUGUAUUUUGUUUAAAAUAUUUGUGAAUAAACCUGCUUAUAAGA